AUGGCCGCAACAAGGCGCUCUGCACGCAUCAGCGCACAAUCUACACCUAGGCUAGAACCUCCCACUCAGACUGCGCCCAAAACCAAUGGCCGGAAGCGCAAGGCACCUCCAGCCAAAGACAGAGCCGAAGCACCCUUGACACCACCAAGGAAGCGUGCGCAAGGCAACCCGACAACUCCGGCAGCAGUCCUCCCGCCGCUGACACCGACUCCCAUUGCAGCAGGUCUUUUCGCCGAGUCUGGAAACUCUACCAGGAAGCCUCGCAGCGCGACCGUCACGCGGCUCGCGAACCCCAAGCUGACAAAUGCGCCGCUGCUGUCACCAGAGACGUCAAGGCUUGUCGCAUCGCGGGAUAUAGAAACCGUGUCGCCAAGCAAGGCGCCGCAAGUCAGGACGACAACUGAGAAUUUGCUUCAAGAGGCCUGCGACCACCUCAUUAAGGUUGAUGGGCGCAUGAAGCCGCUGAUCGACAACCACCACUGUCGAGUCUUUUCACCAGAGGGAUUGGCAGAGGAGAUUGAUCCGUUCGAGAGUCUUUCGAGUGGGAUCAUCAGCCAGCAAGUAUCAGGAGCAGCGGCUAAGUCAAUCAAGGCGAAAUUUAUUGCCUUGUUCGAGGAACAGCCCGACUCGCGAUUCCCGCUCCCAUCUCAGGUUGCCGCCAAGUCGAUCGAGGAGCUUCGCACAGCAGGUCUUUCGCAGCGCAAAGCCGAGUAUAUCAAAGGCCUCGCUGAGAAGUUCGCCAGUGGAGAGUUAAGUGCUCGGAUGCUUCACGAUGCCUCGGACGAAGAGGUCAUGGAGAAGCUGAUCGCCGUGCGCGGCCUCGGCAAAUGGUCCGUCGAAAUGUUCGCUUGCUUUGGGCUUAAAAGAAUGGAUGUCUUCUCGCUCGGUGAUCUGGGGGUUCAGAGAGGCAUGGCUGCCUUUGUCGGUCGUGACGUUGCCAAACUCAAGUCCAAGGGCGGCAAGUGGAAGUACAUGUCUGAGCAGGACAUGGUCGAGCUGUCUGACAAGUUCGCGCCGUAUCGGAGUCUCUUCAUGUGGUACAUGUGGCGAGUUGAGGAGACAGACAUCAGCACGAUGGAAUAG